ACAGCUCUGGCGGGCGGGGCGGGGCGGCUAGGGAGUUGCUCCGCGACCACGUGACCGGCACUAACAUGGCGGCGCCCAGCGGCGUCCACCUGCUCGUCCGCAGAGGUUAUCAUAGAAUUCUGUCUUCACCACUCAAUCAUAUCUACUUACACAAGCAGUCAAGCAGUCAACAAAGAAGAAAUUUCUUUUUCCGGAGACAAAGAGAUAUUUCACACAGUAUAGUUUUGCCGGCCGCAGCUUCUCCAGCCCACCCAGUGCCUGAGCACAUAAAGAAGCCAGACUAUGUGACGACAGGCAUUGUACCCGACUGGGGAGACAGCAUAGAAGUUAAGAAUGAAGAUCAGAUUCAAGGGCUUCGUCAGGCUUGUCAGCUGGCCCGUCAUGUCCUCCUCCUGGCUGGGAAGAGUUUAAAGGUUGACAUGACAACUGAAGAGAUAGAUGCUCUUGUCCAUCAGGAAAUCAUCAGUCAUGAUGCUUAUCCCUCACCUCUAGGCUACGGAGGUUUUCCAAAAUCUGUUUGUACCUCUGUAAACAACGUGCUAUGUCAUGGUAUUCCUGACAGUCGACCUCUUCAGGAUGGAGAUAUUAUCAACAUUGAUGUCACGGUCUAUUACAAGGGCUACCAUGGAGAUACCUCUGAAACAUUUUUGGUGGGCAAUGUGGACGAAUGUGGUAAAAAGUUAGUGGAGGUUGCCAGGAGGUGUAGAGAUGAAGCAAUUGCAGCUUGCAGAGCGGGGGCUCCCUUCUCUGUAAUUGGAAACACAAUCAGGCAAGAUCUCAAGGGAGUAAAUAAACAAUCUCCACCUUUAAGCCAAAAGUACUUGGAAUCAUUACACACCGAAGGUUUACAAGCAUCUUUCAACCAGCCUUACUUAUUUUAAGAUAUUUACCAUCUUUCGCACAAAUUCCUUCUCCUGAUACACCAUGAAAAGAACAUGCAAGCAUCUUUUAUGAGUAGUACGUCACCAAAAACCGAGUGAUCUUUAUGGGAAAUUUUGAAAUUCUCUGAAGCCUGUAAGGAUGGGAUGAUAUCUCUGGAGAAACACUGGCUAAAAUAGUUUAAUGAAAAGAGUUCUCUCUGUGCCCUUGUGCUUCAUGAGGGAUGGCUAGUGAUGUUUGGGCUACAGUGUUACCAUACUCCCUGUACCUCCAUUUGCUUUAAAUUAUUUCUGAAUCCGUGUAUUUGUAAUUAUCUCUAGAUGAUAUGAUCCAUGCAUAUGAGAAUACUGUGAAUGUGUAGAUUCACACAUCCCAAAUAUGUGACAGUUCAAUCAAAAAUAAUUUAAACUUACAGUUGUAAAUGUCAUGAUGAAAGUAUCAAUAAAUGGUUUUUAAUGUUUAAUUCAUAAGUAUAUGUUUUGAUAUUAAUUUAGAAGAAUAUAAAGCAGAUUUUUAAAAAUAAUCUCUUUCUAUUAGAUUAUGCACAUUUAAACAAUAAGUGGCUCAGGCAAAAUAAGUCAUUUUAAUGUCAUCCGUGAUGGAUUUUUCUUGACAGCUACUGUAAAUUACAAUUACACUGCUUCCCUCUGCACACGAAAGUAAGCACUGCAAUAAAUUAUCUUUUAUUUCAA